UUUAGAUUCUGCAAAUCAAAAUGCCACAGAAACUUUAAAAAGAAGCGAAAUCCCAGAAAGAUGAGAUGGACCAAAGCAUUCAGGAAAGCAGCUGGCAAAGAGUUGACAGUGGAUAAUUCAUUUGAGUUCGAAAAACGUAGAAAUGAACCAGUGAAAUACCAGCGAGAGCUGUGGAACAAGACUGUUGAUGCAAUGAAGAGAGUGGAGGAAAUAAAGCAAAAACGCCAAGCUAGAUUUAUUGUGAACAGAUUAAAGAAGAGCAAAGAGUUGCAGAAGGCAGAGGACAUCAAAGAAGUCAAACAGAAUAUACACCUUCUUCGUGCUCCACAUGCAGGCACACCAAAACAACUGGAGGACAAAAUGGUGCAGAAGCUACAAGAUGAUGUGGCUAUGGAAGAAGACUCUUAAAAUGCUUUUAUUUUCUAUUUAUAAAUCUUCAGCAGUUAACAGUUCCUUACUGCAUCACCUGACAUCAUUCAGAACUGUGCUUACAGUCAAAGAAAAAUAAAUUGUAAUGAAUAGUGGUCAUUUACAGUUUGAAUGAUCUUUUUUGUUUUAUAAAAACUAAGAUGGAUACUGGCUUGGGCAGUACUUAACAGGUAAUUUGAGAAAAUCCUUGCAGGCGGGAUGGAGAAUAAUGCAUAUUGUUUGAGAUACUGUGUGCUCCU